GCCGCCACUUGUCCAUAGUGAAAGGUUGUUUACAAAAUGGAGAACUACAGGGUUUUACAGAGGUUGGGGAAGGGUGCCCAAGGGACUGUCAACCUUGUUGAGAGCAAAAUUGACAACAAAAAAUAUGUCAUGAAAAAGGUUGAGUGCACAGAUGAGAGUGAAGCUAACAAAGCAUUUAAGGAGGCGAUGGCCCUGGCUGAGCUCCGUCAUCCAUAUGUGUGUGGCUACCAAGAAUUCUUUGUCACGUGGGAUAAGGAGGAUUGUGCCAUGAUGAUCUGUCUCGUCUUGGAAAACUACUACAAAAAUGGAACAUUGGCCGAAGUUAUGCAUCAGAGUCGCAAUCAGCAAGUUGAAUUGCCUGAGCCCAUGGUCAAGAAAUGGUUAGGUCAGAUGAUCGAAGCCCUCGUGUUUGUUCAUAAGAAGGGUAUCAUCCACAGGGAUUUAAAGCCAAGCAAUAUUUUCAUGGCAGAUAAUCUAAACAUAGCAAUUGGUGAUUUUGGUGUAGCUACGAUCAUGGAUGAUGCUCGCACAAAGACGAGGACAACUGUAGGCUCUAUGAAUUGGAUGGCUCCCGAGGUGCUGGAGCGACCCUACGAUGAACGGAGCGACGUGUGGUCUGCGGGAUGUAUUGCAUUAGAAAUGAUCACAUGUGGAGUGUUAGACAGCAAGUCCAUGUCGCAGUGUCUCUAUGUGCUGAAGAACGAUCAAGUAAUGCUUGAGGACUUAAUCAGUAAAACUACGGGGACGUACUCCAAUGAUCUGUUGGCCCUCAUUCGCUGCAUGCUGAGGAGAAAGUUCCAGCAACGUCCAACAGCUGUAGAAUUACUCGAUAUGCCCUACGUUAAAGAAUGCCUGACCCUGAGUGACUCUGCUCUCGUGGAGAGGAAAAAGAAACAAGCUACUCAGCCAAAGACAGGCACUGUCCCAAAAGAGCAAGGAGUGACACCGGUGCUGGCCUACAUCCGGUCCGAGUGUGAGAGUGAAAACGCCCUCAAGGAUGCCAUGGCGUACUUGGCGGAGCUGACGAAGGAAGAGGACACAGUCGUUGACGAUGCGGGCAAGAAGUUAGUCGCCCAGACGAUGAGGGAGAAUAUAGCAUGUGUGGAGAUACAGGUGGCUGGGUGUAAUAUACUCAAUAAUCUGAUUGUUUCAGAAUUAGAUACAGCCACGGAGACAGAUGUCCUCUUCUCGAGUGAUGUAGUGUCCGUCAUCCCACUCGCGAUGAAGUGUCACUCUGGUUCCUCACAGCUACAACAGGCAGCAGCAGCAGCACUCAUGGCAUUCUCAGCUAACGAGUCGGCGGCUGCAGUCAUUGGUCAGGUCGGUGGUAUCGGGUCUAUCCUGGAUGCGAUGAGGACAUUCAAAGACAAGGAAGAGCUCCAGGCAACCUGCUGUAACGCCAUCUGGAGUCUUUGUGUGAACGAGGACAAUUCCAAAAUGGUGACAGAUGAGCGUGGUCUGCGGGAUGUCUGUGAGACGAUGGGCCGUUUCAGUCAGAACCCGGACGUUGUUGAGGCUGCUGCUGCUGCCAUCUUGUCAUUAUCAUUAGAAGAUGACAACCUGGAGUUUAUCGGAGAGCUAGAAUGUGUUCGACUAUUACUUGAAGCCAUUUCCACCCACCCUAAAGAUCGCAAGGUGGUGAAGAACAGCUGUAUGGCGCUGGCUAGUCUUGUCGAGCCCGAUGAGGAGAGUGCCUUCAAAGUCUUAGACUGUGAACGAAAGGAUGGGACUCGCAUACAGGGGAUCCCAAAGAUAGUGGAGGCUUAUGGGUACCAGAGCAAUAAUGCUGAGGUCGUCGAGAACGUCUGUACACUGUUUAUGGAGUUAGUUGAAUAUGAUGACGUUAUGGAAGAAAUGAGAGUUUAUAAACAGAUGUUUGAUAUGUUGAAAGACAUACAGAAAAAAUACAAAGAUAAUGAGGAUGUUAUCGCUUCGUGUGAGUCGGCACUGACAAAACUUGAUGGAGGGAAGGCGUCAAAUCGGCCAGUUUCGGCGAGAAACCGUCCAAAGAGUGCUCGACGCUGAUACAGGCUUCGGUCUUCCACAAAAAACCUGCUGAGACAUUUCCGAUUUAAAGGACUGUAUAGAGGGGUUAGUGGUGUCCAUUUAUCACCACCACUACCAUUGCAUAUGUGUGAUGGAUCUCAGUGUUGCCCUCUAUUUAGGAAAUGGUACCAUGAAUUUCAGAAGUCUAUAAAUUACUCCGUCCCUGUAAGACAUUGUAAGACAUUUACCAUUUUGUAUGUAAAACAAAGGUUUGUUCUCCUUCAUAUUAAGUUCAAAACCCUAUUUCUAUAGGCCCUACAUAGGGGGUACAACUCAAGAGGGAUCAGAUCCUCUUAUAACCUUUAAAAAAGAAUAACUUAUAAUUAUAUAAGAUAGAUCUAUGUAUAUUGGUUUUAAUGAACAGAUCCGUCCAUAGAUUUACAGUUACUAUCAAAUACAUAAGUCACUUAUGUAAAUUCAGGCUGGGAGGGUCAAUCAUCAUGUCACCGUGAGUGUCCCUCUGAUGGCUUUAAUGUUAUUGCCAAAAUACCAAUUAACCUUGUACAUGAUUUGACUUUGUGCUGUAUUUUGUUAUUGUAUGUUGUAUAAAUGUAGAUCAAAAUUUUUGUCUGGAGGCGUUUCCUCUGAUUUUGUAAAAGAAAAUCAUGAUUUAUUUUGAGAGGGUGAUACUUUUUCAUCUGUGAUUGUUACAUGCUUCAUACACACUCUGAAGAUGUAAGAUUUGUAUAAGGUUUGUGAUGUUUUUUUAAUGUAGGAUAUUUUCGAGAUAAUUGUUUUGUUAUAUCGAUACUGCAAUGAUGGUUUGUAAAUUAAAUCUAUUUUCAGUUUA